CCAGGAUUUCCAAAUCAGUAUUACAACAAUCUCGACUGCUACUAUCAACUGAGAAGCCCUGCCAGUACGUAUAUCACUAUCACAUUCGAUCCUGUCAAGAUAGAAAACUAUUUCGACUAUGUCGAGAUAUUCGAUGGCGGAAAUAAAACAAAAUUGAUUGGACACAAGAAUACAUUUGAAAGCACAACGAAUAAUAUGCUUGUCUACUUUCAUACGGACAGUAUGGUCACAGAUGUCGGAUGGUCAGCUCAAUGGAGUGCAAAAACUACCAACCAUGGCUGUCGUUGCUUACUAAAAACGCGUUUUGUGUAG